AUGAAAGAUCUCUUCCUACUCGACAGGAACUGGACCUUCGUCAACCAUGGCGCCUUCGGAGCUCCGUUCUCGCUCAUCGUCGACAUCGCGCAGAGGUGGAGAGUAUACACGGAGCGCCAGCCUCUUCGUUUUAUCGACCGGGAGCUUUUCCCCAGGGUUGUCGGAGUGAUCAAAAAGUUUGCGUCCUUCCUCAACUGCCGCCCCGAGGACCUGGUGCUGUUGCAGAACGCAACGACUGGCCUGAACUGCAUACUCCAGAGCUUCCCGCUGAGCGCUCAAGACAAGGUCCUCUUCUUUGACUGCACAUAUGCGAGCGUCAAGAAGAUGAUAAGGAAGGUCUGCAAGGACAAGAACGCGGUGCCGGUCGAGGCGAAACUUAAGCUCAAGGAGAUGAAGGGGAGCGAAGACAUCCUCGCUCAAGUAGAAGCUGCGAUACCGGAGGGUUGCAAGCUUGUCGUCAUAGAUCAUGUCACUUCGAAUGAGGCUCUUCUUUUUCCCAUCGACGAACUUGUUGAAAUCUGCCACAAGAAGGACGCGCUCGUCCUGAUCGACGGAGCUCACGGGCUCGGAUCCUGUCCGCUCGAUCUCGAGCGAACAGGAGCAGAUUUUUACGUUGGCAACUGCCACAAGUGGUUCUGCGCUCCUAGAGGCGUCGCCUUCCUCCAUGUGAACCACUCCAAUCUCAGCAAGAUGUCGCCAGUCAGAGGGGCCAUAGUCUCGCACGGGUACGAGGAAGGGUUCGCAAGCGAGUUCAUCUGGGACGGAGCUCGCGAUUACAGCAGCUGGUUUGCGCUCGAUAGCUGCCUGCUAGCUUGGGAGCAGCUGGACUUGUCGGCGUGCCGCGCGUACUCGAAGAAGCUGCUAGACUGGGCUGGGCACAUGCUGGGGGAG